ACCACUCUCAUCAUAUACAUCACAUUCACUAGUCAACUACAUACGGCAAUAUUUGCGAACUCACCUACUUCAAAUCUAUCUUCCCGCCCAGCUUGUUAAUGUUUGUAGUCAGAGUGGGAGGUUCAAGACAUGGCUGUGUUGGCUGCUUAGAACCCAAUUGCUUCAUCAGCGUUGUCGGUCGUCAACAGCUUCAACGGCCCUGCGUUCUUCGAAGCAAACUGGGUUUACGGACGCUAUUAUGAAAAACAAAGAUUAGCCUGUGACACAUCCUAUUCCACAACUAGACCCGUCAUUUCAGGCCAUUCGAAUGCCAUACUAUUUGAUCAACAAAGGGCAGCUUGGUGUAUUCGGAAAUGGCAGCAACAGUAACAAACAUGAGGAGGUGACAGGCGCACUUGCAAACAUUCCUAUCGAGGGAUCAACCACGUUUCAAGUCGAUCGAUGGUAGCCUUGGUCUUUUCGAAGACGAAGCUUCAGCAACCAGUUAUACCCUUGGGUUAGUUCGAGAGCGAAACGUAUUAUCCCAACGUAUGUCGUUCCGAAACAUUAUUUCUGCAUUGGAAGCAAGGCUACCGGUACAGGAACCAUAGACUCAUUGCCAAGGGAACCAGAUCUGUAUCAUUUUACGAGGAAUGGUUUCAUGAACGAGAUCGGAUUACUAUGGGCGCUGCCGCGCUGUCAGCCACGUAUAUAGCCAGGCAUCAAGCUCGUGGUAGGCGCAUCGUCUUCUUCUACCAUUACGGCGUGUCUUUCACUCCAUCAUCUUUGCGAAGGGUACUAAAAUUCAUCUUCGAACUGGCUUUGACGUCUUUUCAUGUCUCUCGCCGAACUAUUGCCACCCGAGCUGGAUGAUCACAUUCUCAGCUUUUUAGCAUCGGACCCACGAAGUCUCUCUGCUUGUGCAAAUACCUGUCGAUCCUGGAGUCUUGCGAGCCGUCGCCACCUCUACCGCGACAUUCACCUCGAAACUCCGCAAAGGGUCCUUUUUGGAUCAGGACAUAGACAUCAACCGGUCGCUUGGGAUUCAUUUCCCAUUUUUGAAGGCACGGCCUUCUUCCCAAACCUUACAUCUAUAGGGCUCCUCAAUAUCUAUGGGAAGUUUAGCUUCCAAUUUGAUAUAAACAUCUUGCAGCGGUUUCCAUCCGUCUGGAGAUUAAGUUUCUUCUACUGCACUCUACCCAGAGCUCCAGUGCUAGGGAUCCUCACCUGGCUCCCUUCUCUUCGCGCUUUGACUCUGGAUUUUUGCAAGAGUUUCCAGGGUCCAGAGACUUCUCCGUGUUUAGAUGUCAGGUCACGGCUAAGCCGCCUCUCCUACUUGCCAUCUAGGUCCUCCGACUGCUAUGAAGGGCUCCUCCCCAUCCUUAUCCCCGUUUCCAGCCUGACAAUGCGAUCACUCGCGUUGUCAGUCUUUAACAGAUAUGUAUCAUAUCUGUCUGAACUUCGUAAAUACAUGACGGUGGUAAAUCCAUAUCUGACGUCCUUGGAGUUGUACUUUGUUGGAUUUAAAUCUUAUGAUCUGGCGUCAUGCUAUGACGCUCUGGACCACAUGUCCCUGAAGACUUGUACAAACCUGCACACAUUAAUUCUUCGGAAUCCCUCGCUACCUAUAGUCCCUCUUCUCUUAUCGCAGAUUCCCGUCGGAUCUCUUCGAAUACUCCAAUGUCACAUUGAUACCGCCUUCACAAUGUCUGCAGCGCGUUUGGACCUUCAGAACGCGUUGUCAACUCGGAAAUUCGACGGCUUGGAACAGCUGCGAUUCGUUUACUCGGGAGACAAGUUCCUUGCACCAGUUCUCUAUUCUGAGCUGGAGCCAGGAUAUCCGGAAUUCGCGCAACGCGGGGUACUGCGCGUUAUACAUGACAACCUCUCGUAUGAUUUCAAAGAAAUCUUGAGAGGGAGGAGCACCGUGGAUUUGUGACGGCCCAGGAGAUCGUCAAGUGAUUGAGUAUGCGCGUUGAACAAGGCAGUUUUCUACAGACUAUGUACGUAAAGCGGAUUCGAUUUCUAAUUUACGUUUUUCUUGUACACGACUGUCACAGCCACGUGCCUGUGACAAGCGCGUGUAUAUUUCUGAU